AUGGACGACGAUACAGAAAUUGGGAUGCCACUCCCUGGUUGGAACAACAAGAAUCCAACUGAAUCCUAUGUUUUCAUGGUAUCCUGCUUUCUUGCUGCUGUGGUUGGAAUUCUGACCAUAGCAUACACGGCUUUCCAAUGGAGAAGGAAUAUCAAUCUAAGUUGGAUGAAGGCUAUAGCCAGGUCGAAGAAAAAUCCAAAGACGAGGCACAAGGUUCCAGCUUCACCCCAUACAUGGGUGCUUGAAUCAGUGUCUCGUGGAAAGAAUCUGAAUUGUUGUGUUUGUUUGAAAUCCAUGUGUCCGUCUCAGACUCUUGGCCCUAUGGUGGCUUCUGAUAGCUUUAUCCACUGUUGCAGUAUUUGUGGUGCAGUAGCUCACCUUGGAUGCUCUAAUAAUGCACCCAAGGACUGCAAAUGUGUUUCUAUGGUUGGAUGUGAUAGUGUCAUGCAUCAAUGGGCUGUUCGGUGGACUGAGAUAAUGGAUCAACCCGAUGAAACAUCCUUCUGCAGUUAUUGUGAGGAGCCAUGUAGUGGAUCUUUUCUUGGCGGAUCACCCAUAUGGUGUUGCUUUUGGUGUCAACGACUUGUCCAUGUUGAUUGCCAUAGUGGUAUGUCCAGUGAAACUGGUGAUAUUUGUGAUUUAGGUCCUUACAGAAGAUUGAUUUUGUCGCCCCUGUAUGUGCGAGAACUUCAGUGGAAUGUUCCAGGUGGGUUUUUGAGUUCGAUCACUCAUGGAGCCAAUGAAAUUGCUUCUUCAGUGCGUGCAAGUAUUAGGAGUCAAACCAAGAAGUAUAAACACGGGAACGAAACACCCGUUGACACUGGCGAUAGUGGUAGUAUUGGUGAUCCGUCCACUGAACCCACAGCUGAGACCCAUCCUUGUGAAAAUUAUUGCAAUUGUGGUGAGGAAAACUGUGUUGGUAGUCUCAAAGUGGGGAGUCCUUGUCGUGAUAGUGCGAAUGUGGAUAAUAAGUUGGAAUCAAGACCUAGCUUGAAAAGGAGCGGCUCACUGAAUGAAAGGGAUGAAUCUCAUGUCCUAGGUAUGAAGCAGAGAUACGAGAUAAUUGAUUUGCCAUCUGAUGCAAGACCCCUCCUUGUUUUCAUUAACAAGAAGAGUGGAGCUCGGCGUGGAGACUCCCUAAAGCAACGGUUGAACUUGCUUCUAAAUCCUGUUCAGGUAAUUGAAUUGAGUCCAGUACAGGGGCCAGAAGUAGGACUUUAUCUUUUCCGGAGGGUGCCUCACUUUAGAGUUCUUGUUUGUGGAGGAGAUGGCACUGUAGGGUGGGUUCUUGAUGCUAUAGACAAACAAAAUUUUGUCUCUCCACCUCCUGUAUCUAUUCUGCCUGCUGGAACUGGAAAUGAUCUGGCCAGAGUACUCUCCUGGGGAGGUGGUUUAGGGGCACUGGAAAGACAAGGAGGUCUCUGCACCUUAAUGCAUGAUAUUGAGCAUGCUGCUGUAACCGUUCUUGAUAGGUGGCAGGUGGGGAUUAUCAACAAUCAAGGGAAAAAACUCCAAUCACCAAAAUUCAUGAACAACUAUCUUGGUGUCGGGUGUGACGCCAAGGUUGCUCUUGAAAUCCACAAUUUGAGGGAGGAAAAUCCUGAGAAGUUCUAUAACCAGUUUAUGAACAAAGUUCUUUAUGCAAGAGAAGGUGCAAAGAAUAUAAUGGACCGUACAUUUGUUGAUUUUCCAUGGCAAGUCAGGGUGGAAGUUGAUGGGGUUGAGAUAGAGGUCCCAGAGGAUGCAGAAGGUGUACUCGUUGCAAACAUAGGAAGUUACAUGGGUGGUGUAGACCUAUGGCAAAAUGAGGAUGAGUCUUAUGAUAGUUUUGAUCCGCAAUCUAUGCAUGAUAAGUUACUCGAAGUUGUGAGCAUAUCUGGAACAUGGCACUUGGGAAAGCUUCAGGUGGGGCUUUCACGUGCACGCCGACUUGCCCAGGGGCAGUUGAUUAAGAUACAGCUUUUUGCUCCUCUGCCUGUGCAAAUAGAUGGGGAGCCUUGGCUGCAGCAACCAUGUACAGUAAUUGUAUCUCAUCAUGGCCAGGCCUUCAUGCUGAGAAGAGCAGCGGAAGAACCACUUGGACAUGCAGCGGCCAUUAUAGCCGACGUGCUUGAGAAUGCCGAAACUGACCACGUUAUCAAUGCUUCGCAGAAGCGAGCUCUUCUUCAUGAGAUGGCUCUCAGGCUAUGUUGA